UACACUUAUUCAUUAUAUGGAUUGUUUUACUAGAAACUGACAUAUUAACCAUAUAAAGAUGGCAAACCGGGUACGAUUCAAAUUAUCCGAUUUAACUGAUGAACAGUUGUUGGAAUUGUUUGAGAAUGUCCCUUCCGAUGCAGAGUUAUCCGAGUCAAGUGACGACGAGGAAGAUGACUUAAAUGUGGCAGAAACUCUAAUAGCUGCUGUGGAGGAUAUUAGCACAAUAUCAUUUGCUUGUAAUGAUGAAGAGAAUGUGCCUGAUAAUGGUCAGUCUGAGCCUAUUAGGAAAUCCCUGAAAAGACAACGAUCGCCACUACCAACUAUUAAAGGUAUAACAUGCGUGGCUUUGCCAUCUUCUGGUGGCUUUACUGGUGCUGGUAUUGAAUCAAUAGCAAAGGAGCCGAGCAAAAUUUUGUGGCGACAGCAAUUUAUGCAAUUGCAUGUAAACAAUGUUGCUUUUCAAGGCGACUCUUCAUUGCCGGCUGAAAUAAUGAAUCUCAAAACUCCUUCAGAGAUAUUUCGCUAUUUUUUUGAUGCCAAAAUCAUGGAUAUGAUAGUGGAAGAAACCAUGCGCGCAGCUUUUAGUGGAGAACAUAUCAACAAGAUUCCAAAUGAACAUUGA